AUGCGCUGGGACAUCUUUGCUGCAGUUGUCGCCCUUGCAGGUGUCCCACUCAUGCUAUCCUCCGCGACAACAUGGCUUCUGAAACUUAUUUUACAACGACUCAUGCGCAUCAUAUUCUCUCAUGGGUCGACCUGUGAGCGAUUACAAUGGGGAGAUAUUCCGAGUGGGCCGCUCGGUGCCCCUCGCAACAAGACGGCGUUGCCCAGCCGAGGCAAUUACUCAGGGGCCAAACGAGAAACGUUUGCACAUGACGAGGAGAAUUGCUUUGCGUCGACAGUUGGCAGAGUGUUCAAAAAUGCUUGGAUCUCAUCUCAGCGGCGUGAUAUAAGGGUCUCAAAACCUUACCAGCUCGAUCCCAAAAAGGCAUAUAUUCGAACCGAUCCGACAACACUCAGGGUAUAUGCCCUUAUAUCUCACGAAGCCAGAUCUGAAAAUUAUGAACAGAAUCCUGUCAUAAACUUUCACGAGGUAGAUGAGGUCCUUGUCGCACACUUAAGCGCAUCGAUGACAAAGCUACCAGAAGUGACCAAGGAAGAAGUUGAAGCAAUUCUGGAUGGAUAUCCUCCUUUCUAUCUUGAAAAAAUCCCUACUUCAGGAACUGAUCAUGUCAGUACCCCAAUUUUGAGCUCAGAUGACAUAACACGAGGUGGAUGGAUUGUUGCUGUUGGCAUUGACUACUACAAGUCUGCUCCUCUCUGGACACAUAACAUGGCACCGUCGAAGAUAAACGACAAGCAUUUCUCACAGGUGGAGAAGCAAUUCCAGACAACGGCGCCCUGGAGGGCCACAGUCAUGGCUUCCGCAGUCAAGCGUUUUGGUCACGCUUUGGACAACAUAGAACGAGCAUUUCCUGACAGCAGUUUUGCCAAGUCUUUCUACACCGCACUAAUAACCGAACGGUAUGACCUAGACCGCACGUCGCCCAUGGGAAUCAUUUAUAACUGUCCAAAACUUUGCGACGAAACAUGCUACACGAGCAUACCAUUCUGGAUAGACAGGCGUUACAUCAAAUCACUAUCCUCAAAACAGUGGCAGAUCGCUAUGAAAGCUUUCAAUCACUACAAGCCUCUCAGCCAGGAAGAACAAAGUCUCAUUCGCGAAUUCAUGAAACCAAUUCUUCAGGCUGCUUUCGUGGGCCUAAUAAAUGUCAUGACAUACGGAAACCACUUCAGUCACAAACAAACGCUGAAUGUGUGGAGUCUCCCUGCAUUUCCAGAGCUCAAGGGUCACAAGUAUGUCUAUUUAACAGCAUGCGAAGCUGAGAAAGACUGA